AUGACAUCAGAUAAGUUAAACGGAAGACAGUUGUUCGAGAAGAUCGGUAAGCCCUCGAAAAUAGUGGCACCGAUGGUAGAUCAGUCGGAACUGGCAUGGAGAAUUUUAUCUCGUAAAUAUGGUGCUACAUUAGCGUACACUCCGAUGUUUCAUGCCAAGCUUUUCGCUACUUCAGAAAAGUAUCGUAAGGAUAUGUGGUGCGAAUUAGAUGGUGAUGAAAAGAUUGAUAGGCCUUUGGUAGUUCAGUUCUGCGCUAAUGACCCCGAAUAUCUUUUACAGGCAGCCAAACUAGUGCAAAAUAAAUGCGAUGCAGUGGAUUUAAAUAUUGGAUGUCCACAAGGUAUUGCAAGAAAGGGUAAAUAUGGAGCCUUCUUAAUGGAAGAUUGGGAUCUGAUCAGUAGGUUGAUUUCCACACUACAUGAGCACUUGGAUGUUCCUGUUACUGCUAAGAUAAGGGUGUUCCCAGAAAGAGAAAAGACAUUGGAAUACGCAAAAAUGAUAUUGAAAUCAGGUGCGCAGUUCUUGACUGUCCACGGAAGACUGCGAGAACAAAAGGGACAGCAGACUGGUUUAGCAGACUGGGAAAUUAUUAAAUAUUUAAGAGAUAAUUUACCGCAGGAUACUGUCUUUUUUGCUAAUGGUAACAUCCUAUAUCCAGAAGAUAUCUCCAGAUGUAUGAACAAGAUACAUUGUGAUGGUGUAAUGAGUGCAGAAGGCAACUUGUACAACCCAGGGAUCUUUAACACAGAACAUACCAAUGAAAAGGAUAAGAUAUUCCCAAGAGUCGACAAACUGCUAAGAGAGUAUUUCGAAAUAGUUAAAUCUUGUGAGGGUUCUCAUGCAUCAAAGAUUGCAAUGAAAUCACAUUUCUUCAAGAUCUUGAGACCGUUCUUACCACUCAAUACCGAUAUCAGAUCAAAUAUUGCAACAAUGAAGGCAACAACGAGUUUUAACGAUUGGGAGGAGAAAGUUGUCAAGCUAGUCGAAGAAAGGGUACAAGCUAUCUUCAAUGAACCUAACAUUUAUGAAAAAGACGUUAUUACUGUGGGGGAAACUCAACUUUGGGGCGGCGCUUACAGAACAGUGCCAUACUGGAGAUGUCAGCCAUAUUUCAGACCAGUAAAUGGUGUUACUGCUGAUAAAAGACUUACAGAUGCUUUGAAGGCUGCUACUGAAACUACAACUGUCGAAUCGGAUACAGGUUCUGAACCUGGAUCAUUGAAAAGGAAGUCUGAGGAUGAAAUACCACAUGCCAGAGGAAAGGAAACCAAGGUCUAA